UAAAAUUUAUAAUAUUAUAAGUUUAUAAUAAAAUGCUGAGUUCGAAAUUCCUCUUUAAAACCUCAAAAUUCCUGACCACAAAUACUGUACGUACUUUUGCAGCCAGCUCUGCAAACCUGGGAACAGGUGAUGUCAUCAAUUUGAUCGAUAGCGUUAGAACUGAUGAGGAUUCCUCCAAAGCAGUACAGACUAUUGACGAAUACUUCAGGCUAAACUUCAGAAAACUCUCAUUUGAUCAAGCAUGAACCUUACUCAAGGAGGUUCAUAACGUAGGUGAUCUCGAAGACUCCUUUUGGGUGUGGGAGACUCUUGAAGAAGCCAUUAGACCCAGAAUAAUGGACAUUCCAUAUGACCAAGCAAUGCAGAUCCAUCAAUACUUUGUUUACUUCGGUAAUUUCUCAAAGUACCUAGAGACUGAUUUCUAUGACAUCGAGCAUGCUAAUGUCAAAUUAUUUUAAGGGUU